AGUCUACAGGCUCGUCAAGCAGAGAAAUAAACAGACUCGAGCUCUGAGGAGAGAGGACGUCCUCCCUCCCCCCUCCCUCCCCCUCCCUCUCUCUCGCGUGCUAUCCAUCCAUUCUCAUCCAGCCGGGUCUUUCCAUGGAGAGGAAUUAUCCCGCAGCAGGAUUUGGAGACCUCGGGGCUGGGACGGGAUGGACUUACGACAGAUCGGCCAAGGCGAGCCUCAUGUAUGGGAGCUCCAGGUCAUCCCACCCAGACCCAGAACUUUUCCACCGACAGGCCUACGCCGCCCCUCACCCCUUUCAAGGCUAUGCAACCAACCACCACCCAGGGAGCUCAAUGCAGGGUGGAAGCUGGAGCACUCCUGGAUGCACACUCAGUCUGUCAGGGCUAUUUGACACCAGUCUCCACCAUGCAAGCCCCUCAGGUCCCGACUCCUCUGUCAUGAAUCUAAUUUCAGCUCUGGAGUCUCGGGGUCCACAGCCAACACCCUCUGCUUCCUCCCUCCUUUCGCAGUUUCGGACUCCAUCAUGGCAGACUGCCAUGCAUACACCAGCCCCUGCGGAACUCUUUAUUUCAAGGGCACUCCCAGGUUCUGGAUCCUUCCCUGCCUCCUCAUCCAUCUCUGCAUACCAACAUCCUGGCUCCUUUUCUGGACGGUCAUUCAAUCACUCUCUGUCCUUACAUGAUGCCCACACAUUUAGCCCAACUGCUAAUGGUUUGCUAUCCCCACAUGAUCCUCUGCUGCCCAUUAAAGCACCAUCUCAGACCACCUUAGGCUUUGACCGCUUGCUGUCUUCUCAGAGUGCCACAUACAGGGGCUCCCAGGAGUCCCCAGCCCCUCCUCAAACCCAAGGUCCUCCUACCUCCUCCAGUUGCCACCUGCCCCUGCCUCAGUUCAACUUGUUGUCCUCCCAGCUUCAUAACCAAUCAUCUCAGCUAUAUAAUGCCUCCAUGUUCUCCUCCACCCCAGGCAUGCCACCUGCAACACACCACCAACUACAACUUACUCCAGAGAGGGCAGUUUCCCGACAGGACAGUGUGAUCAAGCAUUACCAAAGUUCAUCCCCAGCUCAUUCCUCAGCCCUACAGCAGUUUGCCAGCUAUGGUGAAUUGUCUGGCUAUCAGCAGAUAGUCAGUCACCACCACCAAGCUGGAAUGUCCUGCAGUCCCUUGGGAGAACAAAGUCCACCCACUGACCUUAAACCAUCACUGCAAAUGGAAUCCCAAACAUAUCAACCAAUUAUUCAAACUGCCUAUGCACCCUCCUCCUCCUGUUCCUCAGCAUCCUCUUCUUCUGCCACAAAAGGACCAAAGAGUUCCACCAGCUCCACAAGUGGCUACUCCUCGUCUAGCUCAGUAUCUUCCUCUUCUCGUGUCCCGCAUACACCCCCAUCAGCCUUAUCCACAUCCUCUAGUUCCAAGACAAGCAGCGGUUCUUUGCCUGCUACGCCUUUUCAGCAGCCACCACCUCACUCAGCCCCAGCACCACCUCCUCUGGCAGUGGCGUCAUCUAGCUGUGUCCAACAACCUGCUGCCAAACAAUGCCAGUCUAACUAUGGUUCUCAGUCUGUGGCCAAUUCUAGCAGUGGCCUAUCAGACCAGACACCUCCCCAGCCCCAUGAUCAGUCUUAUUCUCCCGGUAUUCCUUCAUCUUCACACAUGACCCAGCCCUUCAUAGGAUUCAGUUCACCUCAAGCCAAGGACUUAAAUUCUGGAGCUGGCCUUACUGGGGUGAAAGCUUACACUAGUAUAGGUGCAGGAGGGCACUCCUUCUCUGCAGAAAUAGUAUUUGAGGACUCAAGUUUUGACUCGGCUUCUCUCAGAAAAGAAAGCAGUCCAUGCUUACGGUAUGGGUCUGAAUCAGCAAGGAGUGGACCCAUAUCAGGAGCAGCAACACAUGAAAAUGAAGUUCUAUCUGUAGGAUCGGAAAGCAAGAAUGUUGGUGGUAAUGAAAACACUAACUCUUACCACCUGCCCGAGUCAAAUACAUCACCUUCUCUCAAUUCUACUCUCAAUCAUUCGUCAUUGCAGUCUUCAUCUACUGUUCAUCCUGCACAGUCCCCUGGAAGCUCAGGGACCACAAAAUAUAUGUCCUCUAUACUAUCUCCUGCAUUCCUGCCUUCACCACAAACUUUCCCUGAUACAAGACAGUCUCAAACCGAGUCCUAUCACUCAACAGCAACCAAGCCAAAAACAGAGAAAAGCUUGGUGGCAGCUGAAUGCUCUCAACAUGAGGAAGAAGUUGCUGAUGAAUUCUUAAUCCAACACUUACUACACACACAGACCUCAAACCCUCAGAUUUCUCAGCACCAGUCACAUUCCCAACAACUACCCCAAUCUUUCUCACAGGCUAAGGAUGAGGAAGACAAAGCAAUAACUUAUGAUAUUAACAGGCUUUCAGAUGAGCGAUACCACACCCAUAGUGUCAUUUGUACCACUACUUCCACCAACACUUCUGGUCCUACAACAGCACUUAGUGAAACAAGUGGCCUAAAUAGACAAUUAGAAAUGUCUCAGAAAAAACAACAAACCGAGUCAGAGUUGGUCUCUACUGAAGGAGUGCAUGUGGUUUCUGAAUCCCUUUCACAUUCCCAUAAUACCAAGUCUCACCAACAGCAGCACAAGUCUUUGGGCUCGAGUGUCCAUUAUGGAAGAGGAGACCCUUAUACACAGCACCCCCACUCCCAAUAUCCACAUCACACCUCACACAUGUCCUCACAUUCUCAGCCAUGCACACAACAAAUUUCUCAGCACGCCCGACACACUCAACAUUCACAACACUCUCAACAUCUUCAUCAGGUUUCCCACUCACACAGCCACUCCCACAUGGAGCUAAAGAAACUUUCAAACACAAAUGACAGAGGCUAUUUGUGUAAUACUCCAGACGUACAGCAGGCUCAGCAAAGCCAGGGAAGCCUCUCUUUGAUGGAUUCAUCACCAGAGCUCCCUCAGUCAACGCACAUGCUACAGACUGUGCUUUCUCACACCACUCACACAAAGAUGGACCCUCAGCAAGUAUUAACCCAGCACCAGCAGCAGCAGCAACAACAUCACUCUUUGAGUCAGCAGAGCAUGAUGAGAGGUGGAGUGGAAUCCCAUUCACAAAUCCAGUCUUCUGAAUUGCAGCUCAAGCUCCAAAACCAUUGUGUAGACACCCACUACAGUCUUGCAUCCCGAACAAGAGAUCAAAUUCAAGGCAGUCAAAACUCAUUGUCUCCUCUGGACAUGCUAGAGCAAUCUGUUUCCCAAGGAAGUGGCUUAGACAGUAGUGGACCACUGGACAGAAUUAGAGUUGGUGUGACUGUUCCAGUAGGGGGGGACAAUGGUGGAAACAGACACAGACAGCAGCAUAGACUUACAUCUCACCAUCAUUCCCAACAGAAAGCUUCAGAUCUUCAAAAUUUUCUUUCUGAACCAGAUUUGGGUGUAUCAGCACCUUCACACCUUCACCACCUCAGUCAGCCUCCAACCCACACACACUCCCACAUGCUGCAUGAACAACACACACACAAUCACCAUCAGGCACAGUUAUCUCAUCCACAUCCGCACCAGUUCUUAUCCAAUAUGGAGACUCCCCAACAACAGCAUCAAAGCCAAACUAGAGAUAAUGAAACACAACACAUAAUUUCACAGCUGAACUCGCACAAAAUGCACGAGUUUGACACAAUGAGCCCAGUCGAUAAAAUAAGACAGAUUCAAGCUCAGCAACAAUUCCCACCUGUAA